GGACUCCAGACAAUGGCUGCUGCUCAUGAUUUGGAGAUGGAGAGUGUGAAUUUGAAUAUGGAGAGAGAGAACAAAGAGCUGGAAGAAGAGAAAACUUGGGUGGAUGGGGGAGGAAAAGACCCCCCCAAGGGUAGAAAGGUCCACAGGAUCGUCUCCAAGUGGAUGCUUCCGGAACCAGUCCGAAAAACUUACCUGGAGAGAGCUAACUGCCUCCCGCCCCCAGUGUUCAUCAUCUCCAUCAGCCUGGCCGAGCUGGCAGUGUUUAUUUACUAUGCUGUGUGGAAGCCUCAAAAACAGUGGAUCACCUUGGACACAGGCAUYCUGGAGAGUCCCUUAACCUACAGUCCUGAGAAGAGAGAGGAAGCCUGGAGGUUUAUCUCCUACAUGCUGGUCCAUGCGGGAGUUCAGCACAUUGUGGGGAAUCUUCUUAUGCAGCUGGUUUUGGGAAUUCCCUUGGAAAUGGUCCACAAAGGCCUCCGAGUGGGGCUGGUAUACCUGGCAGGAGUGAUUGCAGGUUCCCUUGCCAGUUCCAUUUUUGAUCCACUCAGGUUUCUUGUGGGUGCUUCAGGAGGAGUCUAUGCCCUGAUGGGAGGUUAUUUUAUGAAUGUUCUAGUGAAUUUUCGAGAAAUGAUUCCUGUCUUAGGAAUUUUCAGACUACUGGUCAUCAUCCUUAUAGUUGUGUCAGACAUGGGAUUUGCUCUCUACAGAAGGUUCUUUGUCCCUGAAAAUGGGUCUCCGGUGUCCUUUGCAGCUCACAUCGCAGGUGGAUUUGCUGGAAUGUCCAUAGGUUAUACUGUGUUUAGCUGCUUUGAUAAAGCACUGCUGAAAGAUCCAAGGUUUUGGAUAGCAAUUGCUGCUUAUUUAGCUUGUGUCUUAUUUGCUGUAUUUUUCAACAUUUUCCUGUCCCCAGCAAACUGA